AGUAAUGAAUGGAAACGCGAAGAAGCCAAGAAAGUUCAGCAAGUAGCUAUGCGGUCGGAUAAAAUGAUUUCAUCGGACCAAAGACUUUCUGCGAGAGAUGGGGGGGCCGGGCUAGUCGGAGAGGAUACUCUGGAGUAAAAACCAUCAGCUCUUCUUGUGUUUGGGAUAAAGUGUAUGUAACACAGGUUGUAACAAAGGUCUGAUAUAUUGAUGCAAUAUGGGACUGAUCUGGCUAACGUUUCCAGUUUCAGACUGAAACAGGAAUAAGAACUGGACGGAAAGGAAAAGCGAACUGCAGAAUCGGGAUUACGUACUCGGGGAUUUUUUUUUUCUCAACGAAGAUUGUUCGGGAGCACACAGCUAACUUAAUAAAAGCAAGGGACAUUAUCUUUUCAAAGGAUACACUUUAUUUUUUCAUAAACAUGGGCAAUAUUGAGAGCGUGGACGGUCAGUCAGAAAUGAAGACUCAUAUAAUGCCACUAAAAGUACCCAUGCCAGAUCCUGUAGAGCUGGAGGAGAGAUUUGCGUUAGUUUUGAACUCCAUGAACCUGCCCCCUGACAAAGCCAGGCUCCUGCGGCAGUACGACAACGAAAAGAAGUGGGACCUCAUCUGUGACCAGGAGAGGUUUCAGGUGAAGAACCCACCCCACACCUACAUUCAGAAGCUGCGGGGGUACCUGGACCCAGGGGUCACACGCAAGAAAUUUCGGAGACGGGUCCAGGAGUCCACAAAGGUGCUGCGAGAACUGGAGAUUUCCCUGCGCACCAAUCACAUCGGGUGGGUCCGAGAGUUCCUCAACGAUGAGAACCGGGGCCUAGACGUGCUGGUGGAGUACCUGUCCUUCGCCCAGUGCGCUGUCAUGUUGGAUUUUGAGGGGCUGGAGAAGGGGGAGGAGGGGGCUCUGGAGAGGGCCAAGUCCUGGAGCAGGUCCAUCGAGGAUCUGCACCAGAGCGGCAGCCAGGCCUUCUGCAACACGCUCACCCGCUCUGCGCGCCAGUCCGUGCUCCGCUACAACACCAUAACCAACAGCAAAACCAUCAAGAACUCCAGGCUGGUCAGCCAGAAGGACGACGUGCAUGUCUGCAUCAUGUGUUUACGGGCGGUCAUGAACUACCAGUAUGGCUUCAACCUGGUUAUGUCCCACCCCCAUGCUGUCAACGAAAUUGCACUUAGCUUGAACAAUAAGAACUCCAGGACAAAAGCCCUGGUCCUGGAGUUGCUGGCCGCGGUGUGUCUAGUCCGAGGUGGUCACGAGAUCAUCCUCUCCGCGUUCGACAACUUCAAAGAGGUGUGCAAGGAGAAGCAUCGCUUUGAGAAGCUGAUGGAGUACUUCCGCUGUGAGGAUGGGAACAUUGACUUCAUGGUUGCAUGCAUGCAGUUCAUCAACAUUGUUGUCCAUUCGGUGGAGGACAUGAACUUCCGUGUGCACCUCCAGUACGAGUUCACCAAGCUGGGCCUGGAUGACUUCCUGGAGAAGUCCAGGCACACAGAGAGCGACAAGCUCCAGGUGCAGAUCCAGGCAUACCUGGACAACGUGUUCGACGUGGGAGGUUUGCUGGAGGAUGCUGAGACCAAGAACGUGGCUCUGGAGAAGGUAGAAGAGCUGGAAGAGCAUCUCUCUCACGUGUCGGAGAAGUUGCUGGAGGUGGAGAAUGAGACCAUGAUGAAGGUGGCUGAGCUGGAAAAGCAGCUCCUGCAGAAGGACAAGGAUCUGAUCGCGAUAAAGGAGACGUAUGAGUCGACGAGCUCUCAGGUGCAGACCCUGCGGCGGAUGAUCAAGGAGAAGGAUGCGGCCUUCCAGCGGCAAUCAAACAUUGAGAAGCGGCUGCAGGAGCUGGAGCAGCAGGGCACCAUCCGCGUGCGCAAGCAGCCCGACGGGGACAUCGCCAUCGAGGCCCUGGGUGGAGGGGGCGGAGGGGGUGCCGGCAGCAUCGGUGAGCCUCUCGGCAGCGAGGGACUCACAGGGCCGGGAGGUCCCACUGUCACCGCCUCCAUGGCCUCUGAACCCCCACCCCCGCCCCCGCCCCCACCACCACCUCCGCCUCUGCCUUUGGCUUCAGAGAGGGAGUGCAUUCCGAUCCCACCCCCGCCCCCUCUGGCUCCGCCCUUGCCAGGAACUUCACCAUCUGUCAUCCUCAGUGUCGGCCUAUCAGCCAUAAGAAUAAAGAAGCCCAUCAAGACCAAGUUCCGCCUGCCUGUGUUCAACUGGACGGCACUCAAACCUAACCAGAUAAAUGGCACAGUAUUUAAUGAAAUUGACGAUGAGCGAGUUCUGGAGGAGCUGGAUCUGGAUAAGUUCGAAGAGCUGUUUAAGACGCGGGCCCAGGGGCCUAUGAUUGACCUGUCCUGCACCAAGAGCAAAGUGUCCCAGAAGGCCAUCAACAAGGUCACCCUGCUUGACGCCAACCGCUCCAAGAACCUGGCCAUCACGCUCCGCAAGGCGGGCAAGAGCACUGAGGAGAUCUGCAAGGCCAUCCAGACGUUCGACCUUAAGGCGCUGCCGGUGGACUUCGUGGAGUGCCUGACGCGCUUCCUGCCCACGGAGGCGGAGGUGAAGGCGCUGCGGCAGUACGAGCGUGAGCGCCGGCCUCCCGAGCAGCUGGCCGAGGAGGACCGCUUCAUGCUUCAUUUCAGCAAGAUCGAGCGGCUCACGCAGCGCAUGAGCAUCAUCACCUUCGUGGGAAACUUCACUGACAACAUCAGCAUGCUCACGCCUCAACUCAAUGCCAUCAUCGCUGCAUCCGCCUCAGUGAAGUCCUCCCCUAAGUUAAAAAGAAUGCUGGAGAUUAUAUUAGCUCUAGGAAACUACAUGAACAGCAGUAAAAGGGGAUCAGUUUAUGGCUUUAAACUACAAAGUCUGGAUCUGCUGUUGGACACCAAGUCGACGGACAGGAAGAUGACCCUGCUGCACUACAUUGCCCUGAUCGUGAAGGAGAAGUACCUCGAUCUGGCCAACUUCUACAAUGAGCUGCACUUUGUGGACAAGGCUGCCGCAGUGUCCCUGGAGAACGUGCUGCUGGACGUGCGGGAGCUGGGGAAGGGGAUGGACCUGAUCCGGAGAGAGUGCAGCCUGCAUGACCAUGCUGUCCUCAAGGGCUUCCUGCACACCAGCGACCCCCAGCUCGACAAACUGCAGAAGGAUGCUAAAACCGCUGAGGAAGCCUUCAACAACGUGGUCCACUACUUUGGUGAGAGCCCCAAGACCACCCCUCCCUCUGUUUUCUUCCCUGUGUUCGUGCGCUUCAUCAAGGCUUACAAGGAAGCGGUGGAGGAUAAUGAACAGAGGAAGAAGCAGGAGGAAGCCAUGAGGGAGAAGUUACUAGCCCAAGAGGCUAAGCAGCAGGACCCUAAGGUGCAGGCACAGAAGAAGCGGCAGCAGCAGCAGGAGCUGAUCGCAGAGCUGCGCAGACGGCAAGCCAAAGACCACCGGCCCGUGUACGAGGGCAAGGACGGCACCAUCGAGGACAUCAUCACAGUGCUGAAGAGCGUGCCCUUCACGGCCCGCACAGCCAAGCGCGGCUCCCGCUUCUUCUGUGAGACCAACCUCUGCGACGAGUCCAACUGCUAGCUCCGCCCCCUCCCCUCCCACUGCGCUCCCGACCCCCAAAGAUCUCCGAAGCCAGCCCUUCCUGCGAGCUGAUGCGGUGAUCCGGAAUGGGUGGAAGAGACUGUAAUCCUACCCCUCC